GCUCCAAAUAUGAGCUUGCCACCCGGUCUGCAUCAGACACUCUCCCUAAACCCUCUCCUUCUCCUUGUGUCUCUCUCGCUUCAACGCCCCACCGCCCUUAUCUCUCAUUUGGGUCUCUUAAAAUCACUCAAAUUCUACUCUCUCUUUACAGCUACUUCACUUAAUUCCUUCUCCAUUAGGUAAACAGAUUCUACGAAAAAUCUCGAUCUCUGCUUGUUUUGUUUUGUUUUGUUUUAACUGGAUAGCUGAUCUUAAAUGCAAGCAAACGCAUGCAGCGCCGAGAUAUAGGUUGCUUGUGAUUUUGAAAUAAUUUUUUUUACAGAACUGGAUUCAAAAAACCAUAUCGAAAUCAUGCGUUUUUUGUUUCCUUUCUUGAGUCUCAUCGGUUUGCAGGGGUUGUACGGCUUCUCCCUAUUUUCUUCUUUGUUCAUUAUCUGCAACAUCACCUGAGUUAAAGCAAGCGUGUGUGUGAAGGAGAAGGAGUGAACUGGAUUGGUGGUUGGAAAGGAAAAAUGCCUCAUCGUACCACUUACUUCUUCCCUAGGCAAUUUCCUGAAAGGUCCGGGAUCCAUGCAUCAUCAUCAAAACAAGCAUUACAUCACGAGAAGAAGAAAGUCAGUAAAGAUGCUUUUAACAUCGGAAAUGACCGCCGAAAGUCUUCAUCAAAAGAUCAGUACUCCAAAUCUUCCUUUCCAGUUGGCAAAAAUAUAUCAAAAACAACAACAAUUAUUACUACUAUUCCAACUACAAUAACAACACCUUUAUCCGAUCUCUUCACGAGCAGUGAUGACGAAAAGUACCAUCCGAAGACCAAACAAUUCGGUGAGGAUGACAAGUAUAAACGAAAGAAAAAACAACUUGCCGCUUUUUUCGACUGGUUGUCCGAGAAAAAAGUUGAGAAAUCUACUAGUCACGUGAAGUUGCAAAGAUUAUCAACUGAGGAGGAUCGUCACCUGUUAGUUACACCGGAGCCGGAACCAGAACCAGAACCUGUUCUUCCAGUUCCGCAGAUAAUUAAAGAGAGAGAUGUUGACCGGAAAGUGUCGCUGCCAAGAUUAUCGAGUGGGAGUAGUUAUUCUGGUAGCUUGUUCUCGGGGAUUACUACACUUUAUGGAAACUUUACUACUGAUAUUAAGGUCGACACGUCGAUGACGGUGCAUUUGCCGACUAUAAAGCAGGAUGUGGCGGAGGGAAAGGAGGACCAGGAGAAGAAGGAAAACUUGGCGCUGAAGACGAAAGAGAGUUACUAUUUGCAGCUUAAUUUGGCUAAAAGACUGAGCGCUCAAGCUGGUAUUGCUAGUGAGCUUGUGCUUCUGCAGGAAGGCGUCCCUGAGGCCUCCGAUGCACAAACCGUUUCGUAUCGCCUCUGGGUGAGUGGAUGCUUGUCGUACAGUGACAAGAUAUCGGAUGGAUUUUAUAACAUCUUGGGAAUGAAUCCAUAUCUGUGGGUGAUGUGCAAUGAAGAUGAGGAAGUAAGCAAGCUGCCUCCUUUAAAGUCGCUCAAAGAAAUUGAACCAAGUGAGACAUCAUUGGAGGUGGUCCUUGUUGAUAGACGUGGUGACUCGCGUCUUAAGGAGCUGGAGGAUAAAGCACAAGAACUAUAUUGUGCUUCAGAGAAUACAUUGGUGUUGGUGGAGCAACUGGGCAAACUUGUCGCUAUUUACAUGGGGGGAACUUUCUCGGGGGAGCAAGGGGAUCUCCACAAGCGCUGGAAAGUGGUUAGCAGGAGAUUGAGGGACUUCCACAAUUGUAUUGUGCUCCCCAUUGGUAGCCUAUCCAUGGGACUCUGUAGACAUCGCGCGAUUCUAUUCAAGAAAUUGGCAGACUAUAUAGGUUUACCAUGCCGGAUAGCUCGAGGUUGCAAGUACUGUGUAGCGGAUCACCAGUCUUCUUGCCUCGUCAAAAUCCAGGAUGACAGGCUGUUUUCAAGGGAAUAUGUAGUUGAUCUAGUUGGGCAGCCAGGAAAUGUCCAUGGUCCAGAUUCCACAAUUAAUGGAGGAUUUCUUUCUUCAAUGCCCUCACCAUUUCAAAUUCCACAUCUAAAUGAAUCCCAACAACCUUACAUGGAUGAUGCAACUUAUGAGAUUCUAGACUCGAAGCAUUCAUGUACUUUUCCUGAAAAUCCUCCAUGUUCAGGCAACAAGGAAGAAGAGAAACUGAUAGAGGAUGAUGGUUGGUUUCAAAAUCUGAAAGUCUCCACUUAUGUGUCAGUGGAUCAAGUGUACCCUGGGAAUGAAUCAUCCCUGAUGCCUUUGGAUUUGAAAAGGAAUGCUGAAGCCCCUGCAACUGCUGGACGAUCUAUACAUGAAUGUUCUACACUUAAAGCAGAACCAAUUAUUAUGCAACAAACUUACAAGAAAGAGAUGGUUGUGUUUGGAAAUUCAGUUAUAAACAGUGUUGUCAAGCAAACUAAAGUAAACCUAUCUAGUCAGUCUGGUAUGGAGGAAGUUGAGAGUAGAGUAGACAAUCAAGGUAUACCUUCUUCUGUGACCAUCCCAAGAUAUUUGAAUCUUGAACCUUCACUUGCCAUGGAUUGGCUUGAGAUCUCAUGGGAAGAAUUACAUAUCAAGGAGCGUGUUGGUGCUGGCUCAUUUGGUACGGUGCAUCGCGCUGAAUGGCAUGGAUCGGAUGUUGCUGUCAAGGUUCUAACUGUUCAAGAUUUUCAUGAUGAUCAGUUGAGGGAGUUCUUAAGAGAGGUGGCAAUAAUGAAACGAGUUCGCCAUCCGAAUGUGGUUCUCUUCAUGGGUGCUGUCACAAAGCGUCUUCAACUAUCAAUCGUGACAGAAUAUCUGCCAAGGGGCAGUCUAUACCGCCUCAUACACAGGCCAGCUGCAGGUGAAGUGCUGGAUCAAAGGAGGCGGUUACGUAUGGCACUGGAUGUGGCCAAGGGGAUCAAUUAUCUUCACUGUCUUAACCCUCCAAUUGUUCACUGGGACCUUAAGUCUCCAAAUUUGUUGGUUGAUAAAAACUGGACGGUUAAGGUGUGUGAUUUUGGGUUGUCUAGAUUCAAAGCAAACACUUUUAUAUCAUCAAAAUCAGUGGCUGGAACACCUGAGUGGAUGGCUCCAGAAUUCCUUCGUGGAGAGCCUUCCAAUGAGAAGUCUGAUGUGUACAGUUUUGGAGUUAUCCUAUGGGAGCUUGUGACCAUGCAACAACCUUGGAGUGGACUUGGCCCCGCCCAGGUGGUUGGAGCUGUAGCCUUCCAGAAUAGAAGGCUUUCUAUUCCCCAGGAAGCGCCUCCAGUAUUGGCUUCUCUCAUGGAAUCUUGCUGGGCUGAUGAUCCUGCUCAGCGCCCAUCAUUUGGUAGGAUAGUAGAAUCAUUGAAGAAGUUGUUAAAGUCUCCGCUACAGGCGAUAAAGAUCACUGUACAAAAGAGGUCUCCCAUCACAGAUACUUAAAGGACCUUUUCGGUUCCAGGCAGAGAAGUUCCUUCUGCAUUUUUAUAGGUUUCUAUGGGUAGCCUCUCUCUCGUAAGUUAAUUUUGCAUCGCAAAUUCAAAAUAUUUUAAGAACCCGGAAGUUACUUGUUCAUUUAUUUUUCUUUUGUAAUCAUUCUGGGCUGUUAUCAGUGAAUUUCUUCAUGUUCAUUCAGCAGCAUGAUGAUGUAAUAAUACGAUUAAACUCCUUCCGAUAUAUUUAAAGCAUCAAUGCAAGUGAUGAUCGGUAAUUUCCAUUUAA